AGCUAGAGCUGUGUCGGCAAUUCUAAACGGACUUGCCCAGAGUAAAUAAAGUCUCCUUAACAUUUUCGCUAUAUCAAGAUGGCGUCUCAAAUCGAUCCCAAGGAUCCUGAUUAUCCAUACUUAAUGGUGGAUAGGAAGAAGUUAUUGGCGCAACAAACCAAGGAAUUCGAUGGCAAGAAAAUGUGCUGGAUUCCCGACGACAAAGAAGGAUUUGUUAAGGCUGAAAUUCAGUCCACAAAAGGAGAUGAUAUUACAGUGAAAUGUAUCGAUUCAAACCAGGACAGAACAGUUAAGAAGGAUGACCUCCAACAGAUGAAUCCACCAAAAUAUGAAAUGAUUGAAGAUAUGGCCAACAUGACAUUUUUAAACGAAGCUUCUGUACUUCAUAAUCUUAGAGCUAGAUAUUCAAACUCACUUAUUUACACUUACUCUGGACUUUUCUGUAUUGCCGUCAAUCCCUACCGACGUCUGCCAAUCUACACAGACAGCGUUGUUGCUAAAUUCAAGGGAAAGAGGAAGACUGAGAUGCCUCCUCAUUUGUUCUCUGUGGCUGACAAUGCUUACCAGUCCAUGGUGCAAGAUCGUGAAAACCAGUCUUGUUUGAUUACAGGUGAAUCCGGUGCAGGAAAGACAGAAAACACCAAAAAAGUUAUCAUGUACUUCGCCAAGGUCGCUGCCUCUCUUGGAAAGAAAUCUGAUGAGGAAUCAGCAGCAGCCUCCAAGAAGGGUUCAUUGGAAGAUCAGAUUAUUCAGGCUAACCCUGUACUUGAAGCUUACGGUAAUGCCAAGACUACCAGAAAUAACAAUUCAUCUAGAUUCGGAAAGUUUAUCCGAAUUCACUUUGGUCCUGAUGGUAAAAUUGCUGGAGCUGAUAUUGAAACUUAUCUGCUGGAGAAGUCCCGUGUCACCUUCUGUUUAUCUGCAGAGAGAAAUUACCACGUGUUCUACCAACUGUUGACACCCGCCAUGGCAGACAAUCAUGAAAUGAUGUUGGUUACUCCAGAUCCAGCUCUUUAUACAUUUAUCAACCAAGGUGCUCUUACAGUAGACUCCAUUAAUGAUACUGAUGAAAUGAAGGCUAUGGACGAAGCAUUCGACAUUCUGGGCUUCUCAAACGAGGAGAAGAUGAGUUGUUACAAGUGUACCGCCGCUAUCUUGCACAUGGGUGAAAUGAAAUUCAAACAGAGAGGAGAACAAGCUGAACCUGAUGGCACCACCGAGGCUGAAAAAGUUUCAUUCCUGCUAGGAGUUAAUUCAAACGAUUUCAUUAAAUCUCUCGUCAAACCAAAGAUCAAGGUCGGCACAGAGGUCGUAUCACAGUCUCGUACCAAAGAUCAAGUCGUCAACUCGAUCAGUGCUAUGUCCAAAUCUUUGUAUGAUCGUGUGUUCAACUGGUUAGUGAAGAGAGUCAACACGAGUCUUGAUACUAAAGCUAAAAGAAACUACUAUAUUGGUGUACUGGACAUUGCAGGUUUUGAAAUCUUUGAUUUCAACACAUUUGAACAAUUAUGUAUUAACUACACCAACGAGAGACUUCAACAAUUCUUCAACUACACCAUGUUUGUACUGGAGCAGGAGGAGUAUAAGAAAGAAGGAAUCCAGUGGGAAUUUAUCAACUUUGGUAUGGACUUGCAAGCCUGUAUCGAUCUUAUCGAGAAGCCUAUGGGUAUCUUGUCCAUCCUUGAGGAACAGUGCAUGUUCCCUAAGGCUGAUGACAAGUCCUUGAAAGAAAUGAUGUUUGGACAACACAUGGGCAAAUCACCCAACUUCACAAAACCAGGAAAGGCAUCCAAGGGCAAGAAUGGCGACUUUGAACUCCAUCAUUACGCCGGAGUUGUACCAUACAACCUUAAGGGAUGGUUGGACAAGAAUAAGGAUCCCAUCAACGAAACUGUAGUAGCAUUGUUGGCACAAUCAAAGGAGCACUUAGUCCAAACACUCUUUGCAGCAGAAACACCCGCUGAAGGAGCUGGUGGACCCAAGAAGAAGAAGAAGUCCUCUGCUUUCCAAACCAUCUCCGCCGUACACAGGGAAUCUUUGAACAAAUUGAUGAAGAACUUGUACGCCACCCAUCCUCAUUUCGUCAGAUGUAUCAUUCCAAACGAAUUGAAACAGCCAGGUCUUAUUGAUGCUGCUUUGGUAUUGAACCAGCUUCAAUGUAACGGUGUACUCGAAGGAAUCCGUAUCUGCCGUAAAGGAUUCCCAAGUAGAAUAAUAUAUGCUGAGUUCAAACAAAGAUACUCAAUUCUCGCUGCAAGUGCUGUUCCACAGGGAUUUGUUGACGGCAAAGUUGUCACAGAAAAAGUACUGUUGGCUUUACAGCUUGAUCCAGAAGAAUACAAACUUGGAGGAACUAAAGUCUUCUUCAAAGCCGGUGUUCUUGGAAACCUAGAAGGCAUGCGAGAUGAGCGUCUAGGUGCUAUCAUUUCCAUGAUGCAAGCCCACGUCAGAGCCUUUUUGAUCAGGAAGGCCUACAAGAAACUUCAGGAUCAGAGAGUUGGUCUGUCUGUCAUCCAGCGUAACAUCAGAAAAUGGUUAUUGCUCCGCAACUGGACCUGGUGGAAGAUGUAUGCCAAGAUUAAACCUAUGUUGAACAUUGCCCGUGAGGAGGAAGAAAUGCAGAAGAAACUCGAAGAGAUGAACAAAAUGUCAGAGGAUCUAGCCAAGGUUGAAAAGAUUAAGAAAGAACUUGAAAUGAAGAACGUUGAAUUGUUGGAACAGAAAAAUGAAGCGUACUUACAAUUGCAAUCUGAGCAAGAUAAUGUCAUCGACCUUGAACAAAGAGUGGAACAACUUAUCCAACAGAAGGCUGAAUUCGAAGGUCAAAUGAAAGAGAUGGACGAACGUCUGCUUGAUGAGGAAGAUGCUGCUGCUGAGCUGGAAGGUUUGAAGAAGAAAAUGGAAGGUGAAAAUUCCGAGCUGAAGAGAGAUAUCGAAGAUCUCGAAACAUCGUUAACCAAGGCUGAACAAGAUAAUACUCACAAGGAAAGCCAAAUCAAGACUCUCCAAGGUGAGAUGGCACAACAAGAUGAAAAAAUUGGCAAAAUGAACAAAGAAAAGAAACACUUGGAAGAGGUUAACAAAAAGACAAUAGAAGAUCUCCAAAAGGAAGAAGACAAAGUUAAUCAUCUUAACAAACUGAAAUCAAAACUUGAACAGACUCUUGACGAGUUCGAAGAUAACUUAGAGAGAGAAAAGAAAAUCAGAGGCGAUGUUGAGAAAUCUAAGCGUAAGGUUGAACAGGACUUGAAGGCAACACAAGAAGUUGUAGACGAACUUGAAGGUGUCAAGAGAGAAAUGGAAGAGGCCAACAGGAGGAAGGAUGCCGAGAUCAACAGUUUGAAUUCAAGAAUCGAGGACUGUGAAGGGGUUAAUGCUCAACAAAACAGGAAAAUUAAGGAUUUACAACAAAUUAUUGAGGAAUUGGAAGAAGAAUUGGACGCCGAGAGAGCUGCAAGAGCUAAGGUUGAAAAACAACGUUCUGAACUGUCUAGGGAAUUGGACGAGCUCAGUUCUCAACUGGAAGAACAAGGCGGUGCUACUCAGGCUCAGGUUGAUCUCAACAAGAAACGUGAACAAGAAUUGAUCAGACUCCGCCGUGAAAUGGAGGAAAUGACUCUCCAAAAUGAGUCUCAAAUUGCUCAGUUUAGAAAGAAACAACAAGAAUCUGCCAACGAGAUGGCUGACCAGAUCGAUCAAUUGAACAAACUGAAAUCAAGAUUAGAAAAGGAGAAAAAAGACCUAAAACGCGAACUCGACGAUCUCCAAAGUCAAGUUUCUCAUUCCAUGAAAAAUAGGGGCGUAUCAGACAAGGUUUCCAAACAGAUGGAAACUCAAAUCUUUGAAAUGAACAGUAGAGUCGAAGAAACCCAGAGAACCAUUAUUGAAAUCAAUACUCAAAAAUCCAGACUUCAGAGUGAGGUUUCCGAAGUCAAUCGACAACUGGAAGAUGCUGAGCAUGUUAUUGGCACUUUAACAAAGGACAAAACUUCCCUUACCGCCACACUGGAAGAAACCAGACGUUCACUUGAAGAUGAAACAAGGAUACGCCAGAAAUUCCAGAGUGAGAUUAGAAACUUGAGUGCUGACAAUGAUGCAGUACGCGAAGCAUUUGAAGAAGAGCAAGAGGCAAAGACUGAUCUCCAACGUCAACUCUCGAGAGCAAAGAACGAAACACAACAAUGGAGAUCUAAAUACGAGAGUGAAGGUGCCAACAAAACAGACGAGUUAGAAGAUGCAAAACGUAAUCUUGCUGCAAGAUUGGCAGAGGCUGAACAGGCAGCUGAGAUGGCUAAUGCUAAAGCUAGUGGAUUGGAGAAGGCUAAAAACAGACUGCAAGGAGAACUUGACGACCUCCUUAUUGAGGUUGAACGUUCAAAUGUUAGCUCCAGUACUGUAGAAAAGAGGCAAAGACAGUUUGACAGGACUAUCCAAGAAUGGACCGUUAAAGUUAAAGAACUCCAGAUCGAGGUUGAUACUGCUCACAACGAGGCUCGCAGUUACUCUGCUGAACUCUUUAGAUUUAAAGCUCAGUAUGAGGAGUCCCAUACUACAAUUGAGUCUCUGAGAAGAGAAAACAAAAAUCUUGCUGAUGAAAUCCGUGAGGUAUCUGAUCAACUUACCGAUGGUGGCCGAAGCUCACACGAGAUCGAAAAGGCAAAGAGACGUCUUGAGAUGGAGAAGGAAGAACUCCAAGCUGCUUUGGAAGAAGCAGAGUCCUCUUUGGAACAGGAGGAGGCUAAGGUCAUGCGUGUUCAACUGGAAAUUUCUACUGUCCGAAAUGACAUUGAUAGAAGAAUCCAAGAGAAAGAGGAAGAAUUUGAAAAUACUCGACGCAAUCACCAGAGAGCUCUUGAAUCCAUGCAAAUCAGUUUAGAGGCAGAGGCUAAGGGCAAAGCCGAGUCCCACAGGAUCAGAAAGAAGCUCGAACAAGACAUCAACGAACUCGAGAUGGCACUUGAUACAGCAACCAGAGCUAAGGCUGAGGUUGAAAAGAACAUGAAGAGAUAUAUCCUUCAAAUUCAAGAACUCCACAUCAAGAUUGAAUCAGAAUCACGUGUACGUGAUGAGUCACGUGAAUCUUACGUUCUGACUGAGAGACGUUGCAACGUCCUUAUCAGCGAAAUCGACGAGGUCAGAUCAGCUCUUGAACAGUCUGAGAGAGCAAGGAAGGUUGCUGAAGGUGAACUCUAUGAAGCUCAAGAUCGCAUCAAUGAAUUGGCCGCUCAAGUCAGUUCAGCACAAGCUCAGAAGAGAAAGGUCGAGGGAGAUAUGCAAGCCAUGUCUGCUGAUCUUGAUGAACUUCAAAGCGAGAUCAAGGCUGCUGAUGACCGUGCUAAGAGAGCCCUUAUGGAUACCGCAAGAAUUGCUGAUGAACUCAGAUCUGAACAGGAACACAGUCACCAGGUCGAGAAAAUCAGGAAAUCUUUGGAAAUUACCAUCAAGGAAUUACAUGUCCGUGUCGACGAAUCCGAAUCAAGUGGUGUGAAAGGAGGCAGAAAAGUCAUCGCCAAGUUGGAACAGAGAAUCCGUGAUCUGGAGAGUGAAUUGGACAAUGAACAACGUCACCAUGCUGAAACACAGAAAAAUAUGCGCAAGGCUGACCGCAGGAUGAAGGAAUUGGCCUUCCAAUGUGAUGAAGACCGCAAGAUGCAAGAAAGACUCCAGGACAUGAUGGACAAACUUCAAUGCAAAGUCAAGACAUACAAACGUCAAGUAGAGGAAGCUGAAGAAAUUGCUGCAAUUAAUCUGUCUAAAUACCGCAAAGCCCAAAGCGAGGUUGAAGAUGCAGAAGAACGUGCAGAGAGUUCAGAAUCUUCCCUGACAAAACUACGUUCCAAGAGCCGUAGCUCAGUUUCCCAGGGCCGUAGCUCAGUUUCCCGCACUAGAACAAUAAAAAGUGUAUCUAUAAGCAGAAUGAGCCCAUCAAAGUAAGAUGUGCUGCAUUCAAAGUGGUGACAUAUGGAGAUAAAAGACUAGGACGGGAGACAACUUUAAUUUACCCUUUAUCCUGUGACUCAGCCAGGAAGCGAAGAAGACUAUUUCGUAGUUACAUGUGAAAUAAAGGUUUUAAGGAGAACUUGUAUAUUGAGCUUUUAACUUAUUGAAUUAUUUCUUUAUUUAUUUAUUCAAUUCAUGCGUAUAGUUUUACAGCGAUCACUGGCAUGUAAAUGUAUAAUUAUUGUCUGUAUGACCUUUCUAGGAUUUGUGUUACAUAGAUAACUUUAGUUAUUCCUGCAAAUAAAUAUAAAUGAUAAAA